AUGCAUUUAGCUAUCUGGAACAUUAGAGGAUUUCAUAAAUCCUCUAAGCAUAAGAUAGUGAAGGAAUUUAUUCAAGAGUAUCAUCUUUCAUUCCUUGCUCUUCUGGAAACAAAAUUGUCUGAAAGUAAACUACAGUUUAUAUCAAGGAAAAUUACAACAAAUUGGCAAUGGAAUUCUAAUGUGCAAGAAGCUAAAAAUUGUAGAAUCUGGAUUUUGUGGGAUAAUGAUAUCAUCAAUGUUCAUAUCAUUAAAUCCUCAGAGCAAUUCUUGACCUGCUCAAUAGAGUCUAAAGAUGGCAAGAUUUCUUGUUUCUGUACUAUAGUCUAUGCUCUGAACCAACAGAUUAAUAGGAGAUCUUUAUGGAAUGAUCUUCUGGAAUUCAAGCACAAUGUUAAUUGCCCCUGGCUUAUUGGAGGUGAUUUUAAUUCAAUUAUUAGUAGUGAGGAGAAGAUUGGGGGUCUUCCUGUCACUGAAGCUGAAACUUUUACAUCUAACCAAGUUGAUUACCUCAUGCCAGGGUGCUUUGAUCAUUCUCCUGCUCUCCUUACUAUAGGUGAUGAUAUUAUUGAAGGAAAAAAACCUUUUAAAUUUUACAAUAUGUGGGUCAAACAUCCUGACUUCCUUAAAACUGUCAGCUCAAUUUGGGAUCAGGAUAUUCAUGGUUAUAUGAUGUUCAAACUUCAUACUAAGCUCAAGAAACUCAAGCCAGCCCUAAAGGAGUUAAACAAAAAAUACUUCAUGGAUAUUAGUGAACAAGUUCUUAGAUCUAAAAAAGAGCUUGCAGAUAUUCAGAGAGCUAAAAUUAACUGGGGGAUUCAUGGAGAUAAAAGCUCUCAUUUCUUUCACUCUGUGAUGAAGAAUAAAAGGCAUCAUAACAGAAUCAUGACUCUGUAUGAUAGGGCUGGGAACAGAUUAACAGAGAUGUCAGAUAUUGUUUCUGAAUUCCUGGAUUUUUAUAAAAACCUUCUUGGUACUUCAACAUCUACAUUACUGCCUGAUCCAGAGGUAAUAUCCAAUGGCCCUUUACUCUCGCCUGAUCAUAGGAAUAUGCUCAGUUCUCCUGUCACUAGGGAGGAAAUUAAACAAGCAGUUUUCUCCAUACCAAAUGAAAAAAGUCCUGGACCUGAUGGCUUUAGUGCUUAUUUAUUCAAAGCUUCUUGGAGUAUAAUUGAAGAGGAACUUUAUGAAGCAAUUGAAGAAUUCUUUAAUUCUGGUAAAUUGUUGGGUACAUUCAAUUCCACUGCUAUCACACUGAUUCCUAAAGUGCUCAAUCCUCAAAAUGCAACUGAUUUUAGGCCAAUAGCUUGCUAUGACAUCCUGCUAUUUGGUAAAGCAGAUAUGAGUUCAAUUACUAGAUUAAAUGAGUGUCUCAUGGAAUUUAGUCAAGUUUCAGGUUUGGAACCAAAUCCUGCUAAAUGCUCAGUGUUCUUGAGUGGUAUUGAUGAGGUUUUGAAAGCUCAAAUAUGCUCAUAUCUCAAAUUUUCUGAAGGGGUUCUACCAUUGAGAUAUCUGGGAGUUCCACUUAUCACAAAAAGAUUAUCUUGGCUUGACUGUUCUCCUCUUAUAAGCAGAAUAUCCUCUCAGUUUCAAAAUUGGCAGAAUAACAAAACUCUAUCUUAUGCAGGGAGACUGCAAUUGAUAAAGUCAGUAAUCCUGGGGAUUCAAAUGUUUUGGACAAGUAAUUACAUUCUUCCAAUUAAAGUUCUAGAGAAGAUAGAUAAGAUGUGUGUUGAUUUCCUAUGGGGACAUAAGAUGCACUUGGUGGCUUGGUCUGCAAUUUGUCAGGAUCAUAAACAGGGUGGUUUGGGGGUGUAUUCAGCAAAAUUUUGGAACUUUGCUUCUGCUGCUAAGCUGCUUUGGAUGAUCCAUAAUAAGAAAGACAUCAUGUGGAUUAAAUGGAUACAUGGAAACUAUUUGCGGCAGAAUAAUGUUUGGCAAGUGCAAAACAGGAAAAGUGACUCUUGGAUGUGGAAACAAAUUCUGAAAGUAAGGGACUUGUUAUCUUUGAAGUUUGGUAGUAUUGAUAAUAUGCUUUCAGUCAUCAAUAAUUGCUGCACUGGAGAUAAUUUUAGCAUAUCAGCUAUGUAUAAAAGACUUAACCAGCAGGUUCCUUCAACAAUAUCAGGAACUAUUUGGGGUGGUUGGCACUAUCCUAAACAUUCCUUCAUAUUAUGGUUGGCUUCCAUCUCAAGGUUGUUAACUUAA